GUCUUCAGUUGAGUUGAGAAUUUCAGUGAAGAAGUAUCUUCCGUAGACGGAGAGAGUGCUUUUUUUGACCAAAUAUGCGUGCUUUAGUGCUCAUUUCAUCGUUCGCGGUUGUGGCAUUUGCCCGACCGGAUGUUAGCCAUCUUACGGGCUACAACUACAACCAUCCAUCUGGUUCAGCUGGGGCUUCCCAUCACACAGCUUCCAGAGUCAGCGUGGACAUGGUGCCAUCACAGAGCUACGAAAUUCCCGCGAGUCAGUCAACAUUUACAAACCUUGGAAGCUCAUCGAAUGUGGCCAGCAAUCAGUAUGUGCCCCCACGGGUGCAGACACACUUUUCAGCUCCUGCCACAACCCUCCUGACCCCAACAGCUGGGUCUAGCGUGUCUGGAAGUGCACCAUCGGUGAACUUCAUCACCUACGCUGAUAACCAAAAUAACUAUGUGCCCCCAACUGCCCCUACAGCACACACAACUGGGUUCGCCUAUGACCACGCCAGCUCUGCACUGCCUGCCUUCCCUACCCUUAGCACUCCAGUCCGCGCUGAAUUCACACAACUCAAUACCGAUCACGGUUCUUCAAGCUUCGGCCAAACCACGGGCUUUGGACAGAAUACUGGCUUCAGUCAUGGACAGACAGCUGACUUCGGACACACAUCCUCAGGAAGCUUCAGUCAGGGCUUCAAUCAGGGCUUCAGCCAGGGUGGUCUGGGGCAAGUGACUCAGGGUGUGGCUCACAAUGAGGAAAUUCAGCUCACAGGACGCUUCGAUCAGAGCGCAACUCACGUAAACUUCCCCCCACAGAGGAUUAUCCAACAAACUGCACCUUUUGUGACGAAGCACACGUACGUCUUUGCUGCCCCCGAGGAAGAGGAACAUAUUGCUCCACAGGAACCUAUUGUUCUCCCACAACCCCAGACACACUACAAGAUUAUCUUCAUCAAGGCCCCGAGUACGACAAUCGUCAACAACCAGGGAGGUGCUGUCGCUCCACAGAAAAAUGAAAAGACCAUUAUCUACGUAUUGUCGAACAAGAGGGUCAUUGAUAGGACCGUUGAAGUACCUGAUUUGCCUGAGCAGAAGAAAUCGAAGCCCGAAGUGUUCUUCAUUAAGUACAAGACACCCACUGAACAUGUGGACUCGCAAGCUGUGUACGAGACUGUUGACCAUGUUGAUGGCCAUGCUGCUGGUCUUUCACCUCGCUUUGAGACAAAUCAAGUACAGCACGAAGGUGUCCAUUCCGCUGGUAUUACAGUUGCUGCACCCCAGCAGAAUGUUCAGAUGUUCUCUGCUGAUGCUCAGUCACAGGGAGCCUAUCAGACACUCCAUUCAUCCUCCGUCCAGGAGAUCCAGAACAAACCCACCCUGACGUCCUACGAUAGUCCCGUCUACAGUCUCGAUACGAGUGGAUUCGGAUCAAGUAGUGGCUCUGCCCAUGGAUCCGCCAGUGGAUCAGCUCAAUUUGGUGGUUCGUCAACAAGUGGUUCAGCCCUGCAAUUCCUCAAUACCGGCUUCGCCCCCUCAGGGAGUCAAGCAACGAAUCUGGAGUACAUUCCACCCGUUGGUGGCUCAUCAUGCACCACGUGCUAGGAGGUGCAAUGCCAUGUGAACCAUACUAUUUAAUAACUUUUUAUUAGGUUCCAAUAGAAGUUACGCUUUUUUGUAAUAUUGACACACUUGUAAUAAAUCACUGAGCACACCAAGCGAUGAAUGGAGUCAGAGUACACAAUACCACAAAAAGUCUCUUUUUUUUGCUUUUGGAUAAUUUCACAAAUUUGUC